CCGCUGCUGCACAGCCCCGACCUGUCCCCCGUGCCGCCCGCGCAGCGCACCUUCUCAGCCUGGGACAUGGCGGCGCUGUGGGUGGGCCUGGUGGUGUCUGUGUCCUCCUGGUUCCUGGCGGGCGGGCUGGUUGACCUGGGCAUGUCGUGGCAGGAGGGCAUCCUCUGCGUGCUGCUGGCCAACACAAUCGUGCUGGCCCCCAUGGUGCUCAUGGGCCACGCAGGCGUCAAGUACGGGGUCCCCUUCCCGGUGCUGGCCCGGAGCAGCUUCGGCAUCCGCGGCGCCAUCCUGCCGGCGGUGCUGCGCGGCUGCGUGGCGGCGUGCUGGUUUGGCCUCAACACGUGGCUGGGCGGCGCCGCCAUCCACCAGAUGGCACAGACGCUGGCGGGCGGCGCGCUGGGCGGCGGCGCGGCAUCAGGGCGCCCUUGCUCCGCCCGCCCCACCUGCCCACACUCACCACCAGCCCUGGCUCCCUCCUUGCCCCCCCCUGCCCCCCAGGUGGUCAUACUGCUGAGGGGCAUGGAGGGCAUCCGCCUGCUGGAGAAGUACAGCGCGCCGGUGCUGAUCGCGCUCACCGCCUGCCUGCUGGUGUGGGCGGUGGGCGCCGCGGGCGGCUGGGGGCCCAUGCUGUCCACGCCCAGCAUGUUUGCGCCCGGCCAGCCCCAGGCGGGCCGCUUCUGGCCCGUCUUCCUGCCCUCCCUGUCCUCCCAGAUUGGCUACUGGGCAACGCUGGCGCUCAACAUCCCCGACUUCACCAGGUGUGUGUGUGUGUGUGUCAUCAGCCCGGGCCGCUUCACGUUCCAGGGCGGCGCCCUGCUCACCUCUGUCGUGGGCCUGGUCAUCCAGCCCUGGCACCUCGUCUCCUCCACCUCUGCCUUCUUCAACUGGCUCAUCGCAUACAGCGUGCUGCUGGGCCCCAUCGCCGGCAUCCUGCUCGCCGACUAUUACUGGGUGCGGCGCCGCCGCCUGGACCUGGAUGCGCUCUACUCCACGUACCCCUCCGCGCCCUACCACUACCGCGGCGGGUGGAACCCGGCGGCGCUGGCGGCCCUGGCCGCGGGGGCCGCCCCCACGCUGCCCGGCCUGCUGCACGUGCUGCCGGGCACGCCCGCGCCCCGCCUCUGCCUGCACCUGUACCACGCCGCUUGGUUUGUGGGCUUCGCGGUGGGGGGCGCCGUGUACGCGCUGCUCAUGCGGCGCCACUACCGCCUGCAG